UCAGCCUCAAGAGGCGCGUGCGCUGUGCUUUGGGUCCCUUUCUGCGCUUUUCCACCUAGGGGCCUGACGGUCUCGGUGCGGCCGGAACUACAGUUCCCAGCGGCCCGUGCGGGGCGGUCUCGGUGCGGCUGGAACUACAGUUCCUAGCGGCCCGCGCGGCGGGGGCGGGAGGCCGGGACUGCGUGAGGGAGGCCAGGGCACAGCGGGCUGAGCGGCCCGCUCCUCCUCGGGAAGCGGUUUGCUGCUCUUUCCGCUCGCGGCGUCGGCGGCGUCGGCGGCUCGGCGCGCACGCGGGGGCGGGUCAAGGCGGCGCGCGGCGGGCUGGGCGGGUGGGCAGGUGGUGGCGGCGGCAGCAGCGGCACUGGUGCUGUCAGGCAGGCUGUCGGGGAGAUGGGCGACCCGGGGCCGGAGAUAAUAGAGUCUGUCCCUCCUGCUGGGCCUGAGGCAUCCGAGUCCCCGGCGGAUGAAAAUGAAGAUGACAUUCAGUUUGUGAGUGAAGGACCUUUAAGGCCUGUCCUCGAAUACAUCGAUCUGGUCAGCAGUGAUGAUGAAGAGCCGAGCACCUCUCGCAGUGAUAGAAUGCCUGAGUCUAAGGUGCCAUCCUCUGAGAGUCAUCGCCCAGAAAUGUGCUCUAGCUGCAGUGUUCCUCUUUCCAUUGGAGACAGCAGCUCCUCCUCUGGGAGUUGCACCAGCAGUCCACAAAGGAUAGUUUCUCAGCCUUCCUCUGUUGAGAACCCAUUGGAGAACCAGAAAAAUGAUCCAAAUAAUUCCGAUAUUAAGAUCUCUGAGACAGAGACACUUAAACCAUCACACAGUUAUCAGACUCUGCCUUCAUCUCCACUUCUGGUCCCCCAAGAAUCUUUGGCCUCUUCAGAGGUCAAGGAGGAUUUACCUGUAGAGUCUUCAGCUUCACAGCACGGACAGGAUGCCAUCCUCUAUCUCCAGACACAGGUGGCUGAGAUGUCCCGAGUGAUACGGGACCUGCAGUCCAGGAGCUGUUUUAGAUUUCAUCAUUCUAGGCCAAGUGAGAACUCCUCGGUUCCUUGGGACAUCUCCACCUCCAAGGAAGAACAUUUAUCCACAGUGGAAGAAGAAGCUGACUGCAAGUCCCCCUCUGCCGAUGACAAAGGGCAGCCAGCUGACCCCAGUCAGUCAAGUUUCACAGGUCUCUUAAAGAGAAUGGAGCAGCGAGGAGUUAUAAAGAGAGUCACAUUGCAGUCUGAAGCGGAACCAUGUGAAGGGAAGCCUGAUUGUGUGACCUCUAAGAAACGUUUGGUUCCUCCCCUGCAUCCUCUUCUGAGAAUUGCCACCACUGAGGUUUUCAAAGACCCUGCUGAUUGCCAUCCUUCUUCUUUCAUGGGACACAGGGUAUAUCCUGUGGCCAAGGAUACCUCUCCCUUCCAACCGAAUCCACCCGCCGGGGGCCCCAUUGUAGAAGCGCUGGCGCACAGCCGAAGAGGGAGCGCAGUGUCUCCGCUCGAUUCUGCCUCAAAAGAAAUGGAGGUCAUGGGUUGUAGGUUCUAUCACGCCGCUUCCAUUGCGGCCCGGGCUGCUAGCUACAUGGCCUACAUGACUCAGUACCAGCGUAAACUCUGGGAAGACAUGGAGGAUCUGGUCCACGACCCAGAGUUUGAUCGUGGAAAAGCGAGGUGUAUAAUAUCAGACGGUAUGGAUGCAGGCCUCUGGCAGCUUUGUACUACCAGGGACAUCAUGGACUCUGUGGUCAGAGUGAUGGCGAUGGCGAUAGACUACAGAAGGCAAGCCUGGCUCCGACUCACAUCGCUCACCAAGAAGACCCAGGAGAAGAUCUCACACUUGCCCUUUGAUGGUACUUCCCUCUUUGGGCAAGAUGUCAAUGCUGUUGUUGCUGAAGAAAACAGUAUAAAAGAAAAUGACUAUAAAGACCACAACAAGUACUAUAACCAACAUCGAUACUUUUAUAGUCAUGAUCAGAAAGCACACUGUCACAGUAAAGGAUACUCGAGAGGGGAUUGGUACAAAUCCCGAAACCACCCCUAUAGAUACAGGAAGAAGGGAGACUCUCCAGAACGCCACGGGUACAAGAACUAGUAACCCGCUCACGUUCAGCCGCGUAGCAUCUGAGAUGCUGCCUGUUUUACUUGCUCCUCCCCACUCACGUGGGUCUGCGGGUGGGAGGCCACCUCGCAGACUGAACGUUUGUCUGGAGUUGUCACAGCUGACAGUUGACUUCUAGACUUUUGGAAUGAAGUAGAUAAUAAAGAGACUCAUGCUUUAUUGGCCAACUGAGCAGUAGAGACUUUAAGCAGGGUCGGACAAGGGUUUACCUGUGAUUUCUAGUCCAGAAUAAGUCGAGGGAGGGGACUCAGGAAUCUGAGUCCUCUUGUGAUUAAGGGAAAAUACGACGACUUCUUCCUCAGGAAAAUCUUGCUGAUAAACUGAGGACUAGCAGAUUUGGAACUUGGAAAUAACCUGCUACUAGAUCUAACACCAGAGGCAAAUCCUUCAUUUUUAGGUCGUCAGUGCUUCCUUGUUUAGGCUUUGGUUUGUCAGAUCUUCACAGAGUGACAAAUCUCUUAUAAUCUCUUUGUCAGGAUAAUUAGCUCACCGGGGGUCCGUCCUACUCUCAGGCUCUGUGAGACUUCAGAAUCUGCCUUGAAGCUAUGUGUCAAGAAGUGGAAUUCAAGUCAAAAUUUGCCAAAUCCAGUUUGCUUCCAGUGGGAUGGCUAGAUGUCACAAGUCUGCUGUGGACACCGGCUGGAAGAAGACUUUCCUACCUGUGACAUCUCUGUAGAAACUUUCACAGAAAUUGUCUCAGCAAGACUGAGGCCUGCUAUACCAGUCACCCACCACUCAGAGCUGCACGUGAGAGAGUUCUCUAGUCGUCACUCCUGGUCUGUGACCUGGCAAGCUCCGUGUAUCAGCAGGCUGUGAGACCCAGUCAUGGUGUUCUCUCAGGAUAAUCCGGGCCUUGAGCCAAAAUGACCUUGACUGCCUUCUACACUUUUUUGAACUUGAUAAUUCAUCACACUCUAAAUACAAAAACGAUAUGCACAUUAGUGCUGUGGAAAUUAAGGAUGUUACACCAUCCAGGCAUGCAAAUCUGAACUCUUUAAAGAGCAAGAAUUCCAAACAUGCCUGACAGUCCGGCCUUCUUAUCGUAAUAGAGUGGGAUGCUGUCAAUCUCGAUGUUACUGAGACAUGCUUAAGAUGUAGAGGACAACUGUGGGUGUUGGAAAGAGAACGUCUCACACAGUUCUCUUUCUGGAUCUCCUUGAACGAUUUCUUGAAAGUCUGAAGUCAAGACUUCAGUGACAUACUCUGGGUUUAUUGGUCCCUUAAUCUAGUCAGACUCUUAACCGUGAGAGACGGCUUAUCUUUUUGUGUCCAAUUCUUUGCAUUAAUAUUUCUCUAUCAUACUGGAACUGGCAGCAGAUACCUCACUUACAUGUCCGACAGUAUCUUCAAUCUCAAGGCAGUGGCUGUAUGUAUACCAGCCCUUAGAUCCUGGUCUUUGCAACGUGACUUCAGAAACGGAGAAAAUGUCAGAUUUGAGGGGUCUGAGCACAUCAUCUAGUAUUAUUUGCUUGGCCAAAUAGGAAAAAGAAUUUAUUGACAGACAGAAUUUUGUAAUUUCUUGGUUCGUCAGACGUGUGCGUUGUUUUUCCCGUCUGCUUGAUUGUGGUAUUCUUGAGUUUGCUGUUAGUGGAACAGAGCGCUGUUUGAGGGUUUGUGUGGCUUUUGUUUCUCGCCAUGGGUCUUGUGCAGUGGUGACUGACGUUCUCCCGGGUGCCCCAUUUGUUUCAUAGUUACUGGAAGCUCAUUCCCCCUCCUAACCAUAUUCAGCACCCUUUUUGUCUGCUUUUCUUUCUCACUCUGUUUGUGCUAUAGAGGUUGAAGACGCAAAUAUCCCUGCUUGGAAGAAGUUAUUUUGUCAGGUAGUUUCAGGGUACUGUAUUGAUUCUUUUGUCCCAUUUGUAGAUUAAAUUUAAGCUGCAGUCUUGGUGGAGUCUCCUCUUGGCAAAUUUGGUCAAGUCAUGUCUAGAGUUAACAAUUCCCUUUAAUUUCUCUAUAUUUUUCACAGUUUUCUACUUUUUUAGGUCUGUGCUAGUGCUCUGGAAACUGUCUUUCAAAUUGAGCUCUCGAAGAGCACUGAUGACUAUCUGAAAACAAACGAGGGCCUGAGGAAUCAUAGCAAGGUGUUUGUAGUUCAUGAUACGUGCGGCACCAGUUCCGCGGUCUGGUGCGCCCUGGACAUGGUGCUGUAGUUUCUUCUGUGAAAGGACGAGCCGCUGGGGAACUCGCUUGGCACGUUUCUGUAGGGCUGCACACAGGUGUUACUGGAUUACAAACUUGAUGACUUUUGAGGUACCUUUAUUUUUAAAAAAUCAAGCCAGAAUAAAUGAUGCUUAAAGCCCUGAUUCUCUGAAACUGCUUUGGCAUUUCCACUUAAUGUGCUCUUCCUUUUUAAGUUUUUUAGUUUUAAUUGUGGUCAAAAAAAGACAUAGCAUAAAAUUUACCAUGGUAACCAUUAAAGUGUAGAGUUGAGUAGGGUUGGCUACGUUCACAUUGUUGGUGGACACCUCCUCCUGUCCUGCAUGCUUAUAAAGUGGGAUUGCCAUUUUCUUCCUUUUGCGUUACGUUGCUCAGUGAAAGAUAAGUAGCGUUGCUCUCCUGUUCUGAUGUGCCCAGGCAUCUCCAGAGAUUUUUCCUGAAAACAAAAAGGGUAUUGAGCAAUCACUGAACUGGUGGUCAGGUAGCUGGGCUUCUCGCUUCUGAACAGGAUUUGGUGUUGCUUGGGGGUGGGUCUAGCGAUAUACUGGUCUUUUGACUGUAGGAGAAACAAGACUGGUCUCUUCCUGUUUGUUUUGUAUUUUAGAGUCUUUAGCGUACUGGAAUGAUGAUGGUGUUACAAAACUAAGAAUGGGGGGUUGGUCUAGAGAAGCAGCCCCAGUAGACACCCGCAGUAGUGUGUGGAACUCAGAAUUAGUCAGCUAACACGUUUUCAUAACGUGCCUGCCCCGUGCAGGGCCUUUGACAGAUUCUCCAUCAGGCCAGCCUCUGUCAGCUGGGGUACCUCUAGGUUUUCUAGGAGGCCGUGGAGUCACCACGAGUUGAACAAUUUGGUGUUCUCAAAAGGGAUGCAUCUAAUGAUCCUUUUACUUCAAAGUGUUAUUGUUUGACUAGAUGUAAAAUGUAUGUGGAGACAAGAUGAUUUCUUGUAGUUACCGUGUGUACACGGAAAUGCUGUUUCCAUUCAUUGUUCUUGAAGUGCCUUUUUAAAUUUCACACUAUUGUUUAAAACUUAACAUUGGAAUAUCUUGCGUAUGUUGCUAGUGAUAUUUAUGUGAAUUCUGUACCGUGAUUUUAAAUUUUGUAGUAGUUUAUGCAUCGUCUGUACAAUUGCACUAUCUAAAUGUACUCUCCUUCUGAAUGCUAAUUUGUUUUCUUUACAGCACUGUUGAUCCAUUUCAGAAGGUUGUAGAGUAUGUCCCUCCCCCUUUAUUUAAAUAACUUCACAGUAGUUCUUUUAGUUGUUAGUGAUUGGCUCAGUUUUCUGGGCAUUAAGACAGCUUUGUUUUCUAUCUGUAGGUUCUAAGUUUCUGAUUGAAUCGAUUUUCUCACACCUGACCUUGUUCUUAGCCAUGGUAACACUACUUAUAUUUGAUAAGUGGGUAUGUUUACUUGGUAAGAAGAAACAAAGACAUUAGGAAAAAGCAGUAAAUUUGCUGACACUUUAUCUUUUUUUUUUUUUUAAGUUUGUAUGACAGUUUCCUUAUCAGUGUCAUGGCAUUUGAACUUUUUACUGUGUGGCAGCUUCUUUAGCAGUAUAAUUCCAUUUACUUAGCCCUCAAAAUGGCAUUUUGAGGGGAGCAUAAGCUCAGGCCGCUUGGGUGCUAUGUAGUGUGAUGGAUCAGUACUACACUGAUAGCGUACUGAGUGAUACCUGAGCGACAUGACUGAUACUGUCCUCAAGGGCCUGCUCCAUCCAGGAUAACCUCUCAGGUACUGCGAAUGAGGAGGUUGGAAUAGACGCAAUCCAGAAUCCCUUCUAGCUGUGAAGUUGGCUACAGAGUUAAAUGACAUGGAGGAACAGAGUUAAAAUGCCAAAUUCAGUAUUCUUGAGGACAUGAUUUGUUGACUGGGAUUCUGGUGAAGGUGAGAAGUUACGGAUUAGAUCUUUGUAGAAACAGUUUAAAGAUUGCAAUAACUGAAAACUUUUUUUUUUUUUUUUUUUUUUUUAAUGUGAGGCAUAUUUUGCCCAGACUUGCACUGUUUAGGUUCCCUUGUCUCCUGAAACUUACCAUUCCUUACUUAGUGUUAGCGGCUAGCCCAGUGAUUGGUCGUCAUAGCUGUGUGCAUCUCAUGCAUGUCCUUCAGUUGGCUGGACCUGUUCUCUGUAGUUUUUUAUUAGCGGAUACACCAAACAGGUCUUCAUUUUUCACUUUAGAAAAUAUACAGUUGGAAGUUAUCAGUAAACUGAUGAUGAUCAUUGUAUUGAAUGCAAAUCUUUUAGUUAUUUCCCUGGAUAUAAUGAGUUUUAUAAGCCAUUAAAAUAUUCCUUUAUGUAAUUUCCCUUCCUGAAUGAGUGAUGAGAAUAUUGUUUUAUUGAACUUUUUUUUCUUGUAUUGAUUAGUGGGAUGAUAUUUUGGUACUACUUUGUCUUUUCAUUUGCUUGAUUUUAUAGGAAUGAAAAACUUUUUUAUAGCAGUGUUUGGUACCAUUGAGAUAUCUUACUACUGGAAGUGAUAGUUGCUUCCAGUGGGAUGUGUCUGGAAGUGACCACAGUCCAACCGUGUCCUUUUGAUGUUACCAUAUCAGUUACUUCAUUCUUUGUGUUGAUUGUUUCUUCCCCUUUGUGUGGCACCUCUCUCUCACAGGAUGUCUGAUCUUCCUAGCCUCUUUGAUGUGGACUGUGUUUCUUAUUCUACCAGUACACACUAGCCAGGAUUUUCAUGUGGCUUUGUGUGUUUAAAUACAAUGCCUUCAGCAUUAUUGUAAGAGAUUUUUCUAGUUCUUUCUUAAAAAUGUCCUUUUUUUUUUUUUUUAAAGUAACCAGUCCAGUCUUUCACACUAUUCUUUGGCUAUCGAACUUUCAUCAGUUAAUGCCUUCUUGUUUAAUGGUAGUAUUAUUUUCUCAUUUCUGCAUAGUCUUUAUACAAAUGUAUUAUUACAUGUAGUUUCUGGUCAGUUGCAUCUUUUCUCUCAUAAAAAUUUUAAGCCCAUCACCAUGAAUAGUUCAGCUCUGACAUACUGUAUCUUAAAGUUAAUCAGUUUAUCUAGGUCAUAAGGGCUUUACUGGUUUUGUUAACAAUUUCAAAUGGUCUGUUAAAUUUGCUUAUCCCUUGUCAAGAAUUCAGUAGGCGUUCUCAGGUGGUCUGUAGUUUCCUUUAGGACUUUGGCGAUCUCUCAAGUUGUAUUGCGUUUUCUCAUGUUCCUGAGUAGGAUAUUCCUUGGUAGAAGUGAAAGUAAAUACUUUAUAUCUGGUAAUAUUAAAAAAAAAACUUUGACUUUGAAUGCUUCAGGUGUUAGGAGUUCUGUUAGUAGUCCCUUUGUAAGACUGCCUUCCAAACGCUGCUUUUUUCCCCAUGAGCUGUCCUGGGCUUUCCGUUUUCUUUCAUUCCCCGUAAGAGUGGCUCUGUCACAGCAUUCGGUUGUAAGGGCUGCGGUUAGACCUCCUGUCGGGUCCCGCUUUUACCUGUGAUGGCUGUGUUUCGCACUGCCUUGAUUUCCAGUGUAGUAAUGUGCUGAGUAACGGUCAUGUUUGUGGCCCCUUUAUCUGUACCGCUUUUAAUUAGGCGACAGUGAUGGGGUUGAUGGGGGAAAAGCAUGUUCCAGGUCACUAAAUACAGUGUUAAACUUUCAGUUCCAUUUUAAAAACGUUCAGUUAGACUAAGCUUCCUGCCAUAGGGUGUGCAGCCCACUCCCUUCUGCCGUGGGUAGAAUAUAGUUAAUUUGUAAUUAGUCUCGUUUAGAUUCUUAGCACAGAGUUGGAUGUGUGUUGGUCUUUGUUUAAUGGCUUAUAAUUGCUCCUGUUUUAUUUCACUUUUGGCAAAAAUAUACUUUGACAGACUUUGAAAGCUCCACGCUAGUAUUGGGUCCAGUAAUUGUCAUCUUCCUAGCUGGGAAAGGGUAGAGGGGAGAACCUCCCUGGUGGAGCUUCUGGAUGCUUGGCCCUGUGCUGGUGGCACGGUGCUCGUGAGGCAGAGAUCACCCUAAGGGUUGCAGAUGAGGAAAUGGAACCUGCAUGAAGCAUCUUGCUCAGGUGGUGGAACCGAGCUUUGAAUAUACUCUCUUCCCCCAAGCCUCAGUUCAGCAUUGUACUCGGCUGCCUUCAUUUGGCUUUCAAGGCUCCACUCAAGUCUUCACCUCUCUGAGAAGCUAAUUUGACAAAUUCUACCUUUUUUUCUUCCCUGGAUUUUGUGUUUAUGGCUAUACUCUCAUCCCUUAUCACUUGAUGUCUCGUAUUAACUAAUUCCUGGUUAUUUCACCUGUCAGGUCAGAGACUCUAACCUUAAUUCUUGCAUCGAGGUUCUCUGUGCUGGACUAAGAGGACUCAGAUGCGUUGUUCUUGGCUUCUGUUUCAGGUAUCCUGACGUGCAGCCUGUUCAUUUCCAGCACUGAUCAUUUCAGUCAUGGUUCUUGAUACUUGUUUUUGUUGUUGUACUUUUUUUGUUUGUUAUACCCAUUUCAUUUCACAUGUACACUUAAAUUUUUUUUUAAGCUGGUGUCUUGAGGAUACUGGCUUAGUGAAAGGAAGGUGGAAUGAUGCAAAGCACAUGAUCAAGAUCAGAGACCUUGACCUGAUUAUUAGCAAGUCAGUUACUCUCCGAGACUCAGUUUCUCUCAAAUGAGGUGAUGCCUGGAAGUGCUUUGAAAACUUCAAAGCCCAAUACAGAUUUCAUUUCUUGAGUAGUUAGGCUGUUUCUGCCCACAUUUGUAGAUUUCUUAUUACUAUGGAAUGGUAUUGAUAUAAAUACAGACACUUUAAGAUGUAUUUAAUAGCAUGUAUAGUUCAUUUCAUGUCAUCACAUCAUGUUCCCCUUGUUUACAAUUUUUUAAGGCUGAAUUAUUCAGCUUCACGUAGUACAAGCCCAACAGUGGAUUAAGUCAUUGAAAGAUGUAUUUAAAGUAGUCUCUUAAGUGCAAGCUAGGAAACGCUCAUAAGAAAUGAUAAGAAACAGAAAAAUAUAGAAUGAAGAGCUGAAGUGUAUAGGUAUGUGUACAGUUUUUGAUGGAUGGUACUUUGUCAUUUUGUGUCUCUGUUGGAAACAAUCUGUUUAUUUGUAAAACAUCUUUUUCAGUACCUGCUAUGUGCAGGCAGGCACUGAGGAGGGUCUGGGGAUACUGGGAGUUAAUAAGAGAUGGUAUAUUCUCUUAAGAAGAGAAAGAAAUACCAGUAGAAUGUAGUUGUCCUGUUUAGAGGAAUGCCUGUAAUGAGGUUAGAACAAAAGAGGGGCCCAUCUAGAGGGUCAAGGAAGCCUUUCUUACCAAGUGCUCGAGCUUGGUUUGGAACAUGGUUAGAGAAGGGUUAGUUGGACUAGUGGAGAAACGGGAGCCAGGCAUCAGGUGAAGGAAGCAAUGUGUGCAGAAGCGUGGGGAACAUCGUGUUUGUGGUUUCAGAAUCGUAGGGAACGGCCUUUAUGGGCACAGUUGGAGGAGAUUAGGUUGAAGAAAGGAUAAAUUCCCCAUGAGAACGUAUUGGGUCCUACCUAUUCAAAGCGUGCCCAGUUUGCACAGCCAUUUCUUGUAAGGUUAUAGAAGUAGUCUGUCUAGAAGUUGGCUUGUGCACGAUGCACGUCUAGAGCAAUUCCUUUUCUUCCUUGAACCGAGCCAGAGGAGGCUCUCAGUCAGCGCACCUGUAGCCGCAGGGACAGCUCUGGCAAUGGAGAAGAACUGGGGCCCCCGUGGAGAGCAGCUUGGACGACGAGGGUGCUGCUCCUGAAGUGGGAGGGACACCCCGUCAUGGGUGGGCAGGUGCACACUGCAGGACCACCUGUGGGCAGUGUGCUCUCAGUGCGGCUGAACAUGGCUCAUCUCCCUGUGUGUCUGCUGGAAGAUAAUGUGAGGGUGGACUUGGGGAAGAUGAGGGUGUUUCCUUAAAAUGUUGCUUCAUUGGAGUUUGGAGGUGUAUUGAAGACGGGCCUGUGAACCUUGUGCCAGUGGCAUCUCCAGCAGCACCCAGAACGCAUUUUGUCAGCUUCCUUUUCGUUCCUUCUCUGCUUUGAGUUUCCUUGCUCUGGUUGCCAGUUUCACCUUCAUAAUUCAUCCUUUUUCUUACUGUGCCAGAGGUCGAGCAUUGGCACUCAGGGUUAGAAAACUGUUAACUCCCCUUUGCUUUGUCACAGCUUCAUAUUAGGAGAUACUUUAGAAUUCUCCUAAGUUCCAAGGUUGUUUUUUUGGAGGUGGGGUGGGGUGUGCGUCCUGUAUCAAAGGAGAAUCAAAGUCAUUCUUCCUGGGAGGGAAUUUUUACAAAUACAGAUAUUGGCGAUUUGCCCAAAAGGCAGUGCAGGAAGAAUCUUACUUAACAGUUUUGGUGGUCCUGGCCUCCUUAACUGAGUAGUACUUCACAGAAUGGGGUGUAUCUAUAUGUCCUUUUUAAAUUUGUUCCUGCAAAGCAUAUGUUCUGUGUACUUUGUAUUUGUAAACAAUAACCAGUUUGGGGGUGGGAAGGAGAUUGCUUUGUACAAAAAGGUUGUUUCCUGGUUCCAAAGCUUUGCUGCUGGAGAUGGUAAAUAAAUAUUGUCCUGCUUUGCUGUGUGUA